UUGUUAUCUUUAUGGACAGCCGCCGCCACAGUGGUGUUUGCAUCCGCGUUUUGAGUGUGUGUUUGCGACCAUUCCGUUCCCAUUCCCAUUCCGAGACGGAGAACGGAACAACGAUAAUAGCAAAUCAAACAGAGAGAAAGAGAUAGAGAGAGAGAGGGAGAGUCCCCGCUUCAUUCGUUUCAUCCGCUUAUAGGAGAUAGGGGUUCCAAACAAAGGCUUAAGAAUGCUCGGCUCGGGGGCUUUGAUAAUGGAUAUCUAUUUCAAAUCACAUAAAUGCCGCCCGCAUUGUUGUUCAAUUUCCACCAAUUCUCAGAUGGAAAAUUAUUACAGGAAUGGAAUUAAUUUCCGUUAAAGAAGAGAGAGGCUGGAGGGAGGAGGAAGGAGAGUAAGGGGCACCUGCUGUAGCCGGUUUGGUUUCUCGCAGAAUUCUCCUGAGCAACUGAGAGGAGGAGCUGGGCGGAACGGAAGAAAGCGUCGAAGAGUGGGAUGGGAUGGAAGAGGAAACCUGUUUCUGGACAGAAGUGUGCUUCAGCGUCAGCAGAAGCCUCCAACGGCAGUCGAGACGUCGACCCAGUCGCCUUUUCUUUAGCGGAUCCUCCCCUGGGCGGAUGGAUCCCUUUCCUGGGAUUGGGAAUUGGGAUUGCGAUUGUGAGUGAGAUGGAGAGGAAGGCAUUCUCCAGGGAGGAACACCAGAACCUGUUGAUAAACAUGACGGAGCACAAAGGUGGACAUGAGAGGAUGAGUUGUCGUCUGUCUCUGAAUCUCCGCCGCUUCUCUUCGCUUCUGCGAUCCGAUCUCCCUUCCGUUUCAGUGUCAAGAGUGAACGAACUUUUGGGGCAAGUCGCAAACUUCUCUUGUCAUCAUGAGCGUCAUCGUCGAGCAGACUUUAAUAACAUGGAACAGCACCGAUUUGUGCACUCUGAAGACUGUCAAAUCCGAUAAAGACCAGAAUUCUGAGCAAACUUUCUAGCAGUUAUUUAUUCUAGCAGAAGUCUCCCCAGAAGAGCUCUUUAAGGUUCCGCUUUGAUGUUUACUUUUUCGAAUAUGCAAAAUAUUAUAAUAAAUAAAUAAAUACCA